AUUAGAAGGAGCCCAUUAUGGAAACUGAUUGCAGAAUUUGAAUUAUUAGAUUGUGAUAACUGAUUUAUUUGAGUAUUGAUGAUGUAACCAUUAAGAUGGAUGUGAAACAAGAAGUUAAUAAUUUAUCAUAUGGUUCUGGUAUAGAAGAAGGAACUCUUAAAUUGGAAAUAAAACAAGAAGUUGAUAACUGGACUCCUGUGUUAAGUGGUAUUGAAGAUGUAGGCAUUAAGAUUGAGAUUAAACAAGAAAUAGAUGAAUUUUCUGUAUUGUCUUGUUUCAAUGAACAGGAAAGUGUUGUAGACAGUUCGAUGCUGACAGCUAGCAAAGGUAGUCAAGUUUCUUGUUACCACUGCAGUUUGAGUUUUAGCAAGAUUAAUGAUCUCAGAUUCCAUAUUAAGCAUAAACACCUUAAAAACUUGCAAAAACAUUACAUUAACAAGCAAGUUCAAUUGAAAAUAAAACAAUGCAAAGAAAAAUAUCAGUGUGUACUUUGUGACUACAGAACUUCCAUUCAGUGCAACUUGACUAGACACCAAUUAGCACUACAUUCAUUUUAUAAAGCUCAUCAGUGUAGUCACUGUGACUAUAAAACUGGUCGCAGCGACUUACUGAAAAUACAUAACACUAGGCACCACACAGACAGCAGACCAUUCCAGUGCCUUUACUGCGAUUUUAGAACUGUUGAAGCUCGUAACUUGAAAAGACAUAUUAAUAAUAAACACAAACAAGUAAAAAAUAUAAAAUGCAAGACAAGGUCUACCGUAAAGAAUUUUGAAUGCUUAUUAUGUGAUUACAAGGCGUCAUACAUAUCUGAUGUAAAUAGGCACAUGAGUUCUAAGCAUGGUGAAAAACAAUACCAAUGUUCAUUGUGCAACUACAAAACUGGUUACAAUAUUAAUUUAAAAAGGCAUUUAACUGCAUGUCAUUCAAAAGACCGUCCAUACAAAUGCAAAUGGUGUCAUUUUAAAACUGCUAUAUCUAGUCACUUAAAAAGACACUUGAGGGGAAAAAAACAUAAAGCACAGUUUGACUGAUCCAUACUUUAAUGGAUUUUAUUUAAUGUUGUGCCUUAAAUAGAGUAUAUUUUAUAAAACUAAAUUGUUUCCUAAAACAGAAGUUUAUUGGGAAACAGAAAUUUUAAGUUACCAGAUGUAUAGAUACCAUAUUGGAAGAUAUUAGUACUUUUUCAUACGAGAUAAAAACAUUACUGUAAAUUAUUUGAGUACCAAAACAAUUUAUUUAUUUUUAUUUUUAGUUCUAACUCAAAUAAACUAUUGUUUUCUUA